AUUGGUGCUCUUUACUGCGCAGUUUCUAAGGGGUAAGUUCAACGUCGUAAUGAUUAUUUAUUUUGUAUUAUGAGGCAUCGCGUCAAUAUGGAUUGAAAAUGAAGACUCAGCAAGACUGUGCUGAAGGGAAACAAUAAGCAGAGAGGGGUACCGAGGUAGUGACGACGCACAGGACCAGUGGACAGCGGAGGGAGGGAGUUGUAGUGGCAGCAGAGACACACAGACACUUCUGAAAUCCUUCUUACUGCUACAGUAUUUCAUACUCACGUUAUGACUUUUAGCCCCGAGACGCUGCGCGCGCAUACAUGUAGCUUUUGGGACUUUUGAUGGAUUUAAAUCCUCCGCAGACUCGCUGCUGACUUGUCGAAGGUGAGCCUUUCAGAUUCUGGACAGGUGACAUCUACUAACUGCCCAAUGGAGAAAUAUGAAAAGCUGGCCAAAAUUGGCGAGGGUUCAUAUGGCGUGGUGUUCAAAUGCAGACACAGAGAUUCUGGCCAGAUAGUUGCAAUCAAGAAGUUUGUGGAAUCUGAAGAUGACCCUGUCAUUAAGAAGAUUGCAUUGCGAGAAAUACGUAUGCUGAAGCAGCUGAAACACGUGAAUCUGGUCAACCUGCUGGAGGUCUUCAGGAGGAAAAGACGGCUUCACUUGGUGUUCGAGUUCUGCGAGCAGACGGUCCUCAAUGAGCUGGACAAACACCCUCGCGGGGUACCAGAGGCUCAGCUGAAAAGUAUAGUUUGGCAGACUUUGCAGGCUGUUAACUUCUGCCACAAGCACAAUUGCAUCCACCGUGAUGUAAAGCCAGAGAACAUCCUUCUCACCAAAACCGGAGUCAUCAAGCUCUGCGACUUCGGCUUCGCCCGCAUUCUGACAGGGCCAGAGGAUGACUACACAGACUACGUGGCGACCCGCUGGUACAGGGCCCCUGAGCUGCUGGUCGGGGAUACUCAGUACGGGCCUCCUGUGGACGUGUGGGCUCUCGGCUGUGUCUUCGCUGAGCUCCUCCACGGGAAUCCACUCUGGCCCGGGAAGUCUGACGUUGACCAGCUCUACCUAAUCCGAAAAACUCUAGGUGACCUGAUCCCUCGGCACCAGCAGGUCUUCCGUUCCAACGUCUUCUUCAGCGGAGUCAGUAUUCCUGAACCUGACACGACGGAGCCCUUGGAAAAGCGCUUCCAUGGCGUGCCUGUGCAUGCCCUCCAGGUUAUGAAGUCAUGCCUGGUGAUGGACCCCUCUCUCCGGCUGUCCUGUGAGGAGCUGCUGGAGCUGCCUUACUUCCAGGAAGAAGGAGUCAACUGGGGGCGUGAGAGUGAGCGCCUAGGAAGACGACAUGAUAAAGGCUCCCGACGCAGACAGCCAGGGGCUCAGUACCUGCCUCAGUUACCAAACAGCAACAUCUCGCCAGCACCGGAUGUUAAGAAACAGGUGAAGCAUAAAUAUCACCUGCCCAACAUUUAACAAAGCAACACGUUUGUGGCUGAACUGAGAAAGGUGGACUUGUGCAAGCAUUUGAAUACAGUAAAAUGUAUUGUUGGUGUGACAGUGAAAAGGUCUAUUUUGAUUCUAUGAUCACAUUCACUCGUCAUGUUUGUUUGCAUUACUUAAUAUUUACACAAUAGUUUGGGCAUUUACAGUUGCACACUUCAGUACUGUAACCAAAGAAGACAGCAAGUGUCACAGCUGAAGACAUGGGUACUGCAUUUUCACAUCUUUAUAAAAUAUUAAAUGAAAGUCACCCGUGUGCCAUCAUUACUUGGAUAAAAGUGCCGUUUUCCUUCUUUUGUGUACCUAAUUGUUUAGGCAACAAAGUAUGUACAACAUGUUUAGGGUUAACCCAUUUAACAAGAUGGUCAAUAAAUCACAAUUUCCUAAUGUUUAUUUUUUUAUACAUGUCAUCAUUAAAAUAUAGAAUUAAUAAAUGCAACCCAACAGUU